AUGGAAGAAACGUGCAAAGAACUGGAAUUAGACUCACUGUCGGCAGGGGUGUAUGUCUUGCCUGAAGAACCACCUAUAGUAAUCAAUGGGGUGCCAAAGUUGAACUCCAGCAACGGCCCUCCUGCAUAUUCUGAUUUCAAGCAUGAGGCGAAGUCACCCGGAUUACAAGGUUUUGGUGAAUGGAUGGAAGGGAGAGAAGUUUGGAAACUGUUUGACGGGCAAUAUUUUUCCGGUACUGUCGUGCAGUUUGAUAGGGAAACUAGCUGGUACAGGGUGGCCUACGAAGAAAGUGACUCUGAAGAUUUUGAGUGGCAUGAGCUGGAAGAUAUUCUACCUCCUUUGGACAUCACGGUGCCUCUGAAAUCGCUGGCACUAAAGGUCAUCAGGAAAGGCCUAAAAUCCAUUAACAGAAGUUGA